AUGGGGACACCAAAGCAGACAUUGUUGACUUAUUUGCUCACUAGUGGAGAUAAUAAGACAUUUCUUCCAGAAGAUGUUGCAGGACCUUAUGGAAUUCCUCCAAACCCAGCAAGACGUGCUCUUUUCAUUGUCUACCAUACAGCGGUUCCUUAUAUUGCAGAACAAAUUAGUUCUAGAGUAGUUUCCCAUGCCAUUGUUCUGGCUGAUUCACAGUCUGAUGAGCCCUAUAACAAUGAUGCUCCAGGAAGCAAUUUAUAUGUCCAGGUGCUCCCUAUAGCUCGAGAAUUUUUGCAAUUGGUUCUUUGUGCUAACCUAAUGUUCUUCUACUUUGAAGGCCUCUAUUGUCAUAUAUCAAAACGUGCUGCAGGCAUUCGUUAUGUGUUCAUUCGUUAUUUGAAUUUUAAAUAG